AUGUACAUUCAUAAUGUUGCCUUAUUUCUUCUGAUAUUUCCCGCCACGCAACAAGGAGUAAAUGGAGGAAAUAAGGAUUCUUUAGAAGCAUCAGAUUCAGAGAAGUAUUCAACCAAUGAUCUUGCAAGAAUGCUUGAGUUUCAUCAGAAUUGCGCAGAAGGCUGUUUGAAACCUUUUCUCCUUACGCUGCGAGCAAACUUUGUUUCUGGAAACAACUACGAACGUUUAGUGAAUACAUGCGAGAAACUUAGCGAAGUAUAUGAAUGUAUGGAUCGUAUAAAGAAAUGUCAGCCGAAUUAUUUGUUUCGUAUAUUUAUGGAUGGCUUUGAGUAUAUGUGCAUCGAACACCCUGCCGCUUUUCGAGACUUGAUGGAAUGUAUGGAUCUACAUACACAAAUUGUUACCAAAGAUUGUGAGCAGAAGUGUAAAGCUCAUAAAUUGAUGGCUGGGUGGUUCAUUUAUUCGAUAAUGCAAUCCACUACGCUUCUUCAUACCGAAGAAAAUGGCGUACCGCCACGUGUUAAUAUUGGCUUCCUUCGUAAAAUUACUUCUGAAGCUUGCUCGAUCGUACAGUGUUAUUUCCUUUGUUUAAAAACAAAAUAUAAUGCACGCUGUCAUGGCAUUGGAGGUAACUUGCUCAUGGAAGCAAUAGUAAGGCCAAUAUAUCGAAUCCAUAACUCGAUAUUGUUAAGUCCGUUUUGGAAUAUAAUGAGACUGAUGAUGCCUUCUCAGUGUAAUUUCAUAAUGACUGAUGCGGGAAUCACUUGGCAAAGAAUUAAUUCGAAGUUGGACAAGGACUUAAAACAAUUUUAUAAGAAUCGGACAGAACCAUUGAUUAGAUUUCGUCCUCCGCUAGGCAAUAUCAAUGAACUUGGGAAAUCUCUAUUUCGGGAGCAAAUAAAGAGGAUUGAUGAAGAAACUAUCGUGAAGACUUUGAUUACGCUAAAGAAAAGGAACGAAACAAACGACAUUGAACGAGACAAUAUUGGAGAUUAUGUAGAAAACUGUUCCGCUGAAUAUGAUAAAGACUGUAGUGACAGAAAGCGAAGACAUGAGAUACGUGAAACGGAUAAUAAUUUCAGUAGCUAG